UCAUAGUGCCAUUGAAGUGAGUCAUCUCUAGGAAGUGCGGUGAAAAAAGGAAAAGAAAAAAAAGUUAGAACUGUUCCGUGAACAGCAGAGAGCUCAGUUAGAGUGUGUAGACGGCAAAGAGACGGAAAAUACUCAGAAGAUUAUCCAGGCAAUAGGCUUUAAAGCGAGUGUUAACCUGCGUGAGUCACUCUGUAACUACAGGUUCACUUGUCUCAGCUGGAUUUGACUGCUGAAGGUGUGCUACUGACUGUAGGUUCAAGUCCUCACCUGAGGAUCUCUGCUAGUGUAGUUUAGGUUUACCUGCGGCGGAAGAAAAAUAAUAGCACAAUAACUAAUAGCCUUUAACAGCAGGGAUACCAAUACAUCUAUAAUAACUGAUCGUAUCAGUGAGAUGUGUUAGGUUAGUUUAGUGAAGCAUAUUUGCACUUUGUCGUUGCCAACUUUUUCUGGAUAUCCAAAAUUAACAGCGUUUCGAGUCAGAGGAUUUUUUUCUGGUGCCUUUUCAGUGCGAGGAUUUAAAAGAAAGGGUUUCAGCAGAGCUCAAACAGUCUACUGAAAUCCCCCACUUUCCUGGAUCAUGUACCAGGACUACUCCGGGAACUACGACACCUCGUCUCGCGGCAGCAGUACAUCUCCGGCCCAGCCAGAGUCCUUCACAAGCGGCAGCAGCACGAUCGGAAGUCCGAUCUCUACCUCAAGCUACCAGAAGUACAGGGUCGACAUGCCCGGCUCCAACAGUGCCUUUAUACCCACAAUCAAUGCAAUCACGACCAGCCAAGACCUGCAGUGGAUGGUCCAGCCCACAGUUAUAACCUCCAUGUCCAACCCUUACUCCCGUUCCCACCCGUAUGGCCAUCACCUGACCAACGGCCCGGGGCUGCUGGGACACCACAACACGUUGGCUCGGCCCGGGGUCAUCCGCUCCAUUGGGGACGCCAGGGGCCGACGCAAGAGGGACGAGCAGCUCACACCAGAGGAAGAGGAGAAAAGGAGGGUGAGGCGCGAGAGGAAUAAGUUAGCCGCUGCCAAAUGCCGCAACCGAAGGCGAGAGCUCACAGAUAUGCUGCAAGGGGAGACGGAGAAGCUGGAGGAGGAGAAGGCUGACCUGCAGAAGGAGAUCGAGAGCCUGCAGAAGGAGAAAGACAAACUAGAGUUCAUGCUGGUCGCCCACAAUCCCGUGUGCAAGCUCCCCAUCGACGAGCGCCACCAGCAAUCGGGCCACCAGCAGCACCAUCAUCAGCAGCAGCAACAUCAUCAUCAGCAGCAGCAGUGCGCCCCCCUUCCCCUGACCAUGCGCCCCAACAUGGGCCCCCGUGCUCACAUGAACCACGUGGUGGUGAAGCAGGAGCCCGAUGACGACGAGGUGGUGGGCAAGUCGCAGCGCUCCGUCAUCAAGCCGAUCUGCCUCGGUGGCGGCGGAGUCGGUGGCGGGAUGUACUGCAUAGACGGAGACAGCCUGAACACACCGGUGGUAGCGGCGUCCACCCCGGCCGCCACACCCAACGCCCCCCCCAGCCUCAUAUUCACCUACCCGAGCAUGCUGGAGCCCGACAGCCCCUCACCCUCCUCCGAGUCCUGCUCCAAGGCCCACCGGCGCAGCAGCAGCAGCGGGGACCAGUCCUCAGACUCCCUCAACUCCCCUACCCUCCUCGCCCUCUGAGUGAGACACAAACACUGUGGCUGAAGGCAUCAUGAGGAUCCACCCCCCCCCCCCCAGUGUCUUUUAAAGACUUAAGAGCACAUUCAACAGUCCAGACCAAGCUGACCGUGUGAGCCGUUUCCCUCUCUUACAGGGAGACCCACAAGGGCUACGCCAUGUGUUUGUUUCUGUUCUGCUUCGGUGUAAAAUGUUCUUUUUCUUUUUUUUUGUAAAAGCGUGUGCACCGAUCCCAAUGAGUGUCAUCCCUUUGCCAUUUCAACACCAGAGUGUCAACUUGUUUACUGAGCAGACGAUUUUGUUUGAAGAAAGUACAUGCCUGAAAUCUGGCAAAAAAAAUUGUGAGUUGAUGUGACUGACUACAACUAGAGAGCGCGUUCUUAAUAUAUAUAUAUAUAUUUUUUGAAAAUGUUUAAAAAGCCAUGCGGCCGACACUUGCACUCCGCCAAGACGAAUCAAUAAAUCACUAAACGAGGUCUGCGAGGAGAGAAAGAGACAAUGAGCAAAAGACUUCCUCUCUGCGUUUUUUUUUUUUCCUUUUGAGAUUUUUGGACCUUGAUUCAGGAACCGUUACUACGAGUGUGUACACAUUUCUGACGCUAUUUCCAUCUCUUUAAUUGUAUUUAUGGCCUGUGCUGAUUACAUUUUUAUAAAGUGUUUCGUUGACGACAUCGUCCUCUUCUUUAUCUGCCUGUAGAAAAAGCAAAACAGUCGUCCUGCACAGGGCGACCGAAGCACUCCUCAGUGUUGCAAAGGAUACGAGCCAACGUCUAAUCAAUGACUAGUUCCUCAAUACUCUAUACCUUCUAUUUUUGCCAUAGUGGCUUUACAGUAGUGUUGGUGUGCUUUUCCUCAGUGACUCUGUACCUGAACUUUACAAUCUGUUUAUGACAAAGUGUAUGUGAUUUACAUUGAUGUCAGGGAUAUCUCUCAUGUGUAGUAGAACCCCCAUCGUGAAGAGUGGUGCAGGACUGUCGACUGGUCUACCCCCCCCCACACACACACACACACACACAAGUGUUGCAGAGGUGGUACGCAAAGUUGUCUUUCGUUUAAGUGUGUCACAUUAAGAAGGUUUUGUCUUUUUUUUUUUUUUUUUACUGCUUAGACGAUGGUUUGAAGAAACCCCUCCUGACACUGGAUUCUGUCCUUUUUUUUUUAGUCUUUUUAAAAAAUAUAUAAAUAAAGGUCUAACCUUUUCAACACUGCCACUCAGGUCAGGUUCCAAAAAAAAAAAGAAGCCAAAAAAGGAUUUGUGUGACACGUGUAAUUCUUUUUUUUUUUAAGGAGGGAUUUUUAGCUCAAAUUUGAAAAAAGCCGCUGUGGUCUAGACUGUCGCCAGCAGCCAAUGAUGUCAACCCUGUUUAUACUGUGUUUUGUAAAUCUGUCACUUUUAGUAAAGAAACAUGAAAUUCAA